AUGGGGCAGGAUCUUACUGUGAACACUGGAGAUGCAGCGACCGAGACGAAUCCCGUUGCGCGUUUCGGUAGUUACCUGCACGGUGGUACAUCAGGCCUUUUGACAACAUUUGCUAUAUUCCCGCUACAUAAGGCAGUGUUCCGCCAACAGCUACACAGCACACUUGUUCGGGAGGCUGUGAAGCAACUUUAUGGGGAGGGGUUGAGGAAGCUCUACCGCGGAGUGGCUCCGCGACUAUUAGAACGGACACUCCAACGCACAUUGUUUUUCGGUGUUCAGGACACCCUGCAGCGUCGUUCCUCCCACCUGGUCGCGGGGCGCCUCCCUAGGCCACUACUCCAUGCAGCAGCAGGUGUUGGGACCGGCGUGGUGGAGGCUCUGGUGUUCACACCCUUUGAACGCGUGCAGAAUGUGCUCCAGAACGGCAGAAACGACCACCGCCUUCCAACUCAUUGGAGCGUCCUGGUUCGUUUGAGCGCUGAGCCUCGUGCCCGCGGGUUCUACCGAGCCCUGCUGCCCAUCAUUGCCCGCAACGCGCUAGGUAGCGGCAUCUACUUUGGUUUGAAAAACCCAGUCAGAGACGCCCUGGACCAGCAAGGUCUCUCCCCCACAGCCUCCUCGUUCACCUCGGGCGCAGUCAACUCCUUGGUGAUCAGCCUGCCACUGUACCCGCUCUCAGUGUUGGUGGCCAACAUGCAGGCAGGCGUGGGAGAGGAGGAGACCAGGGGCGGGGUGAGGGAAUGUGCCCGCAGGCUUUGGGCGGCUCGUGAGCGGAGUGUGGCACUGCUGUACCGCGGCGGCUCGCUGGUCAUCCUGCGCUCCUGUGUCAGCUGGGGCAUCACCACGGCCAUCUACGACCGGCUGGAGAGAGGCACUUCCACCUGA